AUGAGAGGCUCCGCCUAUCUUGGAGCUCGGGCCGGCUGCGCGCGCAGUUACCGAGCGGGGCGUGGUGGGGGACCUCGCGGCUUACGUGUCCUUCGGCCUACGCUGACGUAGCACAGCACCCUGACGUCACCUUUCCCUGUGUGACGUGAUGCAGAGCCUGAGCCUUAGGCCUCAUUGUCCCUCCUGACUUGGGUGUACCGGCAGGAUGGCCUCGCCCCUUAGGGGCAAGUCCUCCGCCCCGCGAGUGGAAAGCACCCGCCACAAGGAGACUGUCCUCGUGGAGACGUCGUCCCACCGCGAGGAAACAUCAUCCCACCGCGUGGAGACUUCCUCCCGGCAGGUUCGAACGUCUUCCCGGCAGGUGGAGACGUCUCUGCGCCACCGAGAGGGGCCCUCCCUCACCCCCUCCACGAAGCGACUCCCCGGAUUCCUCGAGGUGUCCUCCCAGCACGUGGAAACCUCCUCGCAGUGCACGGAAACGUCCUCCAGCCACGUCAGGGCAUCGUCAUCUCUGCGGGUGGAGACGACUGUGCACCGUGUAGAGAGCCCAGCCAGGCGGGACAAGAAAGCUGCUCGCCAGAGUGCCAAAAUGGCCCGAUGAAAGUGGUGCCCAAGGGCCCUGGCCCUUAGCCAAGUCGAAGGGCUUCCAGUUGCCCGCCAGCCAGCUUCCAGGAGAGCCAAGCAUCUUUGGUUUCAUGGAAUCAGCCCAUAAAUCAAUGUAAGAAACAGGCUGUGGUUUCGGGACGCUGCCAACAUCUAUUGACUUUGCAGCACCUUAGACCACCCUGCUAUUGACCCAGAGUACUAUUUAACUUGAAGCCAGCACAGAAGGGUUUCAGACUUGUCUUACUGUAUAUACCCGGCCAGUGGACGUGGAGGCUCUUUGAGUCUCUGCACCAGUAGUGUCUGGAAGACUGGCUGAAUGUGACCUGGAAAAGCCAGACACCUGACUUCUAUCUAGAUCACUGAUAUACUUCAGGAAAGGCACAGGAUCCUGCUAGAUUCUCUGUUGUCCGUCUCUUAAAAGAAAUUUUUAAUCUAGGUUUCUUCCUCCACAUUCCACCUAUUCAUGUUUCAAAGCUGGAAUGCAAAGAGAGAUGCAUAGAGCAAGAAGGUGCCAAAGAAGUAAUAGAUAUGAUAAGUCCGUGUUUGCCAUAAUACUAUAUUAUACAUUCCACAGCUUCAAAUGGCACUGUGUGUUGAAGGUAAUUGUUAAUGUACCUGUUGUACUUUGUAAAUGCGUGUUAGCGUUAGCCAUGCUGUAUGUUGUCUGCACAUUGUUCUCUACAGGAAAUAGUGCUGCUGUACCUGACACAUGUCAUACAACGUUAAAGACAAUAAGUGCAACAAUAAUGAACGAAGAGCAGUGGUCUCCAUUUGCAGUCAAGAAAGCCUUUAAUGGCACAAUCUAAAAAUUGGGUUUAUUAUGCUAGGUAAUAGUUGUGUACAACUUGCCUUCAGUUGUACCAGUCAGGUUAGUUUGAAAAAACUAAAUAAAUGCAAAUUCUUGGAAAGAGGUCACUUCUUAUUCUCAUAAUCUUCCUUUUUAUAUAUUACCUGAGGGUGGUUUACAAUAUCUACUGUCUAUUGUAUUGAAAAGAAAUGGCUGGCUCUUUUGGUGCACACCCAUAAUCCCAGGACAAGGAGAGGCUGAUGCAGGAGGAUUACCAUGAGUUCCAGGCCAGCCAGGGCUAUAUAGUAAUUAUCAGUCUAGUCAAAGCUAUGAAGCAAGAUCCUAGCUCAAAAAAUAAGAAAGAAGAAAAAUGAAAGGCUAGCCCAGUAAGAUGGCUUGGAGCAUAAAGGUGCCUGCCACCAAGCCUGAUACCUGAGUUUGAUUCCAGGGACUCACAUGGUAGGAGGAGAGAACAAACUCCCAAAGUUGUCCUCUGACCUCCACAUAUAUGCCUCCCCUCACCCUUCUCACACAUAUACAAUAUAUUUAAUUAAAAAUUUUAAGAGAUUGGCAUUAACAGCUUCCUCUUCUCCUGAACUACUCAGGCUACAGGAAGAACCAGGAAUCCAGUUAACAAGGUGUUUUCCUCACAUCUUCAUCUAGACUUUCCAGAAUUCCUGUUCCCCCAUUCUUUCUAUUGCUCCCAGCCUAGAAUGACAAAUACAGGUAUCUGAGCCCUGAAUGUUGGACCCAGCCUCUACUGUGUUAAAUAGCCUUUACCUCUGCUUCCCCUGCCUGAGCCCUUCCACCCCCAGUGAUCAAUGGUUAGAACUGCAUGACUGAAAAACAGAAAACUUGUCCCAAAGUGUCAAAAAUAGGAGCCGUUUCUCUCUCCCUUAGUAAGUCACCCAGUGUCAUCCAGGAACAGCCUGAGAUCAGCCUGUAAUCUGUUUUACCCCCUGAGGUGUACAGUACAUUAGCUCUGCAUGCUUGCUUGUUACCUUGUCUUGGUUAGGGUUCAUUGCUGUGAAGAGACACCAUGCCCACAGCAACUCUUAAACUGGCUCUCCAGGCAGCAGGAAGAGACUGUGAGCCAAUAGGCCUGUUUUGAGCUUCUGUGACCUCAAAGCCCAUCCCCAGUGACACACUUCUUUCAACAAUGCCACACCUACUCCAGCAAGGCCACACCUCCUAAUUGUGCCUCUCCCUGUGAGCCUGUGGGGGCCAUUUUGGCACACCUCAAGGUUAUAAGAUGUUUGCCUGUCUGCAGCACUCUGCCUGUGUUCAUCUCAGAUAGAAAGCACAGCAGAAGGAUAAUUGUUCUUCCUGCCAGUGUUGUGCCCUGUUAGCUGGGAAGAGAAACCUUUACUGGGGACCCCAGCUGAAUCAUACCUGUUUUCUUUAGCUGCAAGGGAGCCUGGGAUGGCAAUUAUCUUUCUAGCCUGAGCAAUGGUAGAAGAAAGGGAAGGCUGGGAAAUGAUACUCAGUGAGCCAGUCUAGGGUUUUUUUAUGUUUCCGAGCAUGACAGUCUCUUUCAGGUGACCAGUGGUCCUCUGGGGUUCUCAGCAGCGACUUUGUUUCUUCGUCUUUAGCGUAACAUUGACCAGGCUGCCAGACAGCACUGCUCAGGGCCUUUUCUCUCAUUGAUGCUGUGGAGUAGAACAUGGGAAACACAUUUUUGCAGGUUAGUAAUUCUUUUUUUUUUUUUUUCCUCUUUGAGAACAUUCAGGACAUUGUUUCACUCUCUUCUGAUUUGCAUUGCUUCCAACAAUGCCAACCACAGCUACGCAGCUUUAGCCUUGUCUGUUCCUCUAUGCAAAGGCUUCCCACGGCCUCUGUCAGAUGUGGUGUGCUUUGUAUUGGUGGUGGAGCACUUUAUGAUAUACCGUGGUGUACUUUAUUUCCCAUGUCUUGUAUUUGGGGUUGCUUGUACCCUUUGAAACUUUGGCUUCAUGGUCUUCAGAAUAUUUAGAAAUGGGAGGGGGGCAUUAUUCCUUCAAAUGUUCCUUUCAGCCUCUCUGUGGACAUAAAUCGCAGGUCUAAUAAGCACUGUGAAGCUGACACUCAGUUUUUUCUCUCCACAUUUCACUGGAUACUUUGUAUUGCAUUCGUUUUCCUGUUUAUCCUAGUCUUUUUUUCCAGCAACAUCCUAUCUAUCCUAAAUGCCAUCCAGUGUGAUAUUUAAAUAUUUUUUAAAAUUUCAUUUAUAGUUUUUUAUCUCUAAUAGUUCAAUGUGGGUCUUUUAAAUUACCUUCCAAACAUAAAUAAAUUUCUCUACACAUUCCUUUUUUUAUGUUCUUGGCAUGUUUGGCCUGCCCUGUCGUGCUCAGAUAUAUACAGUUUUGUUUUUUACGUAGCCCCAUUUAGUUCUGCCAUCUGUAUAAUCUCUGGGGCAGUGUCUAUUGAUAGAUUUUUCUCCUCAUUAUGAGUUAUAGUUUGUGGGUGUCACUUUUCAUGUCUGGUUAUUUUUAUUUGUAUGCCAGGCAUAGUAAAUUUUAAUUUUAUUGAGUGUUCUAUAGUUUUCCUAUUCUUACAGUUCUUGAACUUUGGUCUAGUCAUUUGAAAGUUAUUAGCAAGCUGUUGUUGUUUGUAUCUACUUUUAAGCUGUUUUCUGAGUUCUUGGUUUGAUGAAUGGUUAAUGUUCUCUGAGGCAAAAGCUUUGUGUCUCUGUAUAUCCCCAAUUUAGGAGAUUUUCUUCUCUGGCUUGGGGGAACAAUCCCUGUUCUCAGUGCAGGUGAGCUGGAGUUUCCUACCCUCGAGCAAUUUCCUUAGACGUGCGAUGAUCAGUCCUAGGGUUGAUUUCUUCAGCUAUUCCAGGCCAGAGGGAAGCCUGUCACUGCACUCUGCCUGGAAUCCUCUUUCUUAUUAAAUACAGAUUUUGCUGAAGUUUGAUGUUGCCAUUUCAUUUCUAGGUAGGGAUUGCGAACAAAUGGUUAGGGUAUCAUAGCCCAGGGAUGGGGCUCAUCAGUCUCUGAGAUGGACACAAUGGCUGUAUUGACCUGCUCUCUCAUUUUCAAAACAGAACGACACUUUGUAGCCCAAGCAGACCUUGAACCUUGGCAUUCUGUUUCCACCAUCUGAGUGCUGGCAUUACAUGUAUGUGCCGCCUUGCCUGGUUCAUGUGUCUCUGAGAGGAGAUGGUAAUAACAUUUUCCCUGUGAGAAAUGGUUACAUUGUUAUAAGUAGAAAAAGAUUAGGAGGGUAUGAGAUUUUAAAUAUAAAUGCUUUAUUAAUACUAUCAGUUGUACCAGUUAAGAGUUUACUCUUGACUGCAAAUCCAGGCAAAUUUCUUCUUUACCUGUGGUUUUUGCUAUUCUGCCACAAGGGGGUGCUGUAAGAUGCAUUCUCUCUAGAGGACCAGGGACGCUUCCUGCCUGGGGCCCUCACAGUGCCUCCGUAGGCUUCCUGUGAAGUCCCUGAAACCAGCCACACUGAACCCUGGCAGCUGCAGUACCAUUCCCUUAGCGGCAGCUGAAUAUAAUUUAAUGAAAAGUAGAAAUUUUUGAAUUUAAAUUUUCUAUUUGAAGAACCCAUUUUAUUAAACAUAGUUGAUCAUUUGUUCUCAGAAGUUUGAGUUUCAACUCUAUAGGGGUCCUCUGAAUGUCUCAGCUUUAGUAGGUCCAGUCUCUGCUCUCUUGUUGCUACUGAGCACACAGAUCCCCUCCCUCCCUUCCUGUCUGAAUUGCCUGUUCAUAGCCUUUGCUCAUUCUUUUCAGUUUUUCUUAGUGAUUUGUUUAUGAAUACUAAAUAUUUUAGCUUGUUUGUGAAUACUAAAUAUUUUAGUUCAGAUUUUAUUUGCAUUAUAUACAUGUUCUUUUUAAAAAAUAAAAACUUUUAUUUAUGUAUAUAUAUGUUUAUGGAACUGUAUGCUGUGUGUGUACUGAUGCCCAUGGAGGCCAGAAAAGAGAGUGGGAUUCGUGGAGCUGGAGUUUCAGGUGGUUGUGAACUGCCUGAUAUGGAUGCUGGGAACCAAACUGUCCCAUGUAAGAACACCACUCAGCCACUGAGCCAUCUCUCCAGCCCCUACACGCAUAUUCUUAAAGUUUAGGGAACACUUCCCUCUUUGAAUUUUAACUCUCUCUCUCUUUUCCCCCUCCCUCCCUCCCUCUCUUUAAUCUGGGUUUUUUUUUUUUAUUUGUUCAUGGUGGUUAUGAGUUUUGUGUUUGUGUUGUUGUGGGGUUUUGUUUGUUUGUUUUCCGAGACAGGAAUUCUCUGUGUAGUCCUGGUUGUCCUGGAACUUGCUCUGUAGACUAGGUUAGCCUCAAACUUAGAGAUCCACCUAUCUCUACCUCUGAAGUGCUGGGAUUAAAGGCGUGUGCCACAACCCAGCUUUCUCUUUAAAAACAGGAGCCAGUUUCUCAUCUCCUACUGUGUGCCUUUAUGUUGCCUGAUUUCCUUCUUUGGUUUCAUUUUAUGAUUGGCAGCUGUGUUUCUGUCUUCAUAAACUGACCUACCAGGAAUACUGCCCCAGUGAUUUUUAACCUUCAAGUCUGGAGAAAUCAAUUUAGUGGGUCAUAGUAUUUUUAAAAACAAGGGAGCUGGAGAGAUGGCUCAGAUGUAGACAGAGUGAUUAAGAACACCUACUGCUCUUACAGAGGACCCCAAUUUAUUUCCGAGCACCCAGGUUGGGUACUCUCAAUGGCUUGUAACUCUAGCAUCAUGGGGUCUGUCACCCUUUCCCUGCCCCCUUGGGCACUUGCACAUACACACACAUACACACACACACACACACACACACACAGAAUAUUUUUUUUAAUUAAACAAGACUGGUGAGAUGGCUCAGCAGGUAGAAGAUGAGUAAGCCUGAUACAGGACCCAUGGUAGGAGGGGAACAGGGAAGCUGUCCUCUGACUUCCACACAGACACUGGCACGAGUGCAUCCAUCCUUAGAGUUACCAUAUAUGCGUACAGUAAUAAUAGGAAAUAAAAUCUAACUUGGAACACAUCGCAUUGCUUAUGAGAGACGGAGGGACUGAGGGAGGCCAGGCCUGGACAUUUUACUUGGCCCGGAGUUGGAGUUUUUACUACAGUGUUGCAGCCCAUCUAACAAGUAUCUGAUAAGUCCAUUUGACAGAGAGUGGACAGUGAGACAUCAUCAUUAACCUAAAGAAAAGGAAACAAGAAGUCUAGUUAAGGACUGGGAGACUUGUUGACUUUAAGGGCCAUUUAUUCACAAGGUUGAUAUGAACUGAAUACUGUGAAUGGUUUCCCAGAAGAGGGCUUGGCCCCAGUAAAGUCCAUCAGAAAAUUGUUCAGUGUUUGGUUGGAACUAUAAUUGAGUCCCCAGGUGAGGUCUGUGGUUUAUGUUUAUACAACAUCCCUGCCCCACCCAUGUGUGGACAGUCUUUUACGGUCUAAAGACAUGUCAACAAAACUUGUGUGUCCGAACAUAUAUGUUACUGUCAAAGAGGCAUGGAAAACACUAUGCCUCCCCCCACUUUGUUUUUAGAGACUGCUCUCACUGGGGGAGCAGACUUGUCAGCCUGCCACUACCUCCUGAGUGCACCAUCAUGCCUGGCAGCCGGUCUGUUCAAGGGUUCAAGAAUUCUUUAGAGCUUAGAACUGUUUGAGAGCUUAAGGAUUCCAUGGGUGCUUGCACCUGCCAUUGUCUGGAGAAAACUUACCCGUUUUUGCAGGCACUUGGUGCGAUUCCUCUGGAUACCCUCACAGAUUCACCUGCAUGUCUGUUAAGAAAUCGUCCACCCCAGGUCUACUCUGUGCUUCAUAAGAUUUCUUUUAUAAACAGGACCCUGGUCCUAAAAUAAAAAACUCAAAAACCGUCAAGCUACUCUGCUCCCUUUGUUCCCCUGGCACACAGCACUUGGGUC